AUGCGGGACAAGGUGUAUGCCACUGUGCCCAUGGGUGCCCCGCAAACGACUCCGGGCGACAUAAGGGACGGCGAGAGCCCCCUCCCGGCCCGCGGCCCUUCUCGGAGGGGUACGGUGUCCCCGAGCCGCCUCCAGAGGGAUCCGGGCCGGGGCCGGGCUGCAGCCUGCAAUCCCCGGCCGCGCCGCGAUCGCAACGAAAGGUUCGGGCGGAGAAGCCGGAGGGAGCGGAUCUGCGGGGCCCCGGCGGAGAGCGAGCCCCAGCCCACGGCCGCUGCCCUUCUCUCCGCAGAUUCCGAGGAUGUCUCCUCCAGCGACCGCAAAAUGUCCAAAUCUUCCCUCAACCAGAGCAAGAAACGGAAGAAGAGGCGGCACAGGACAAUCUUCACAUCCUACCAACUGGAGGAGCUGGAAAAGGCCUUCAAUGAGGCUCACUACCCUGAUGUGUACGCUAGAGAGAUGCUGGCCAUGAAAACAGAGCUGCCAGAAGACAGGAUACAGGUCUGGUUCCAGAAUCGCCGGGCUAAGUGGCGGAAGCGAGAGAAGUGCUGGGGCCGGAGCAGCGUGAUGGCCGAGUACGGACUCUAUGGAGCCAUGGUGCGUCAUUCCAUCCCACUGCCUGAGUCCAUCCUCAAGUCAGCCAAGGACGGCAUCAUGGAAUCCUGUGCCCCAUGGCUCCUGGGGAUGCACAAAAAGUCUCUGGAAGCAGCGGCUGAGGCGGGGAGGAAGACGGAGGUGGAGCGCCAGGCCCUGCCCAAGCUUGACAAGGGUGACAAGGAAGAGAGGGGCUCGGAUCCCAAAACCGCCAUUUCCCAGGAGGAACUGAGAGAAAACAGCAUUGCUGCCCUCAGGGCCAAAGCUCAGGAGCACAGCACCAAAGUCCUGGGGACCAUUGCGGGGGACACCCCGAGGAAGCUGGAGAAAGGGGAGGAGGUGGCAGAGGAUGAGAGGCAGACCGAGAAGUCCAGUGCAUCACAGAAGGAGGAGAAGCUGAUCUAGGGAAACAGGCUGCGGAAGCCAGCCCUGACAGAUACUGUGCCCUCUGGGGGUCACAGCCCCCUCUGAUGGCCAGGCCUCCUGGCUGCACUCACCCAGGGUGUGGGACCCUGGUUUCUUCAUGUGGGGCUACCCAGGGGUGCCCCCAGCCUGCUCCCCUGAUGCACAGCCCUAUCCUUCACUCCUCCACUCCUAGGGGUUUCCUUUCCCCGGCCCAUUCCCAUCUCCAUCGCCACCCCAGGGCAGGUUGCAGCUCCAGGUCCCUCUGGUUGUGGGUCUGGGUCUAGCGUAAGGCCCCAUCCAGCCCCCUCCAGGCCAGUGAAGCCCAGUUCCCCUUCACCUCACAUUGCAUUCCGCUGCGUUCCACACCCCAGGGGACCCCACUGCCCCUGGUAUGAUAAGUCCAUGGCCCUGUGUGUGUGAAAUGCUGAGCCUCUGCUAUACGGCUCUCCCAGCUCAGCACUGAUAGCUGCUGGGACAGGGCUGCAGGUUUGGAGGGGCUGAUUUCUGCCUCCAUUAUGUGAGGAAAUGCAGGUUUAGCUUGCAGACACCAUGCCUCAUUCCCAGCUCACGCCUCCAGUGACCCCAGCCUACACUGUCAUCUUCCCCACACGCACUCGGAGGCCAGUGCCACGCACAGCUAAGCCCUCUCAGACAAGACAUUUUCCCAAGGUAUUUAUUGAAGUAAAUUUGUCCCGCUCUCUUCUGAGCCCUGAAGGGAAUGACAGCCAUGCAGACGCAGCCCUGGCACACACUGUAAUGUGUACAUAAGUCUCCUCACUGACCCCACAUGUGCACGCAGACCCAUGCAGCCAAACCCACUAUUCUUCACAGCAUCCUGUGCUGAUAUCACCCUUCUGUCCCAGUCAGGCACCUCUCCCCAGAGCUGCUGUUUUAAUUCUGUCAGAAUUAACCCCUUCCAUCCAGCCCCAUCUGUCUUUGUCCCCCGUUUGUUUGACGUGUUAGAUUAUAGCCCAUGGUGUGUAAAUAAUGUACAUACAGUGAGAAAAGAAUUCAGUAUUGAGGUGUUUGAGAUAUGGAGCUGUAAUAACUUCUAGUCAUUCAGAACCUGUGAUUUAUGUGCCAUUUUCUGUAAAGAUAUGUACAAGAAUAAAACUAAACUGGAAUACGGUGUGUGAGUCUGGUCUCUUUUUCAAGGAAAAUGAAUUCAGCCAGAGC